AUGGUUGGCCCGACACUGCAGGACGAUCUUUUCUCCAUUUUGUCAAGAUUUCGAACCUUCACGUACGCUCUAACCGCCGACAUUACUAAAAUGUACAGGCAGGUACUAGUAGACCCUACACAAACAUGUCUUCAGCGCAUCCUCUGGCGCGAUUCGCCAAAUGAAUCAAUUAAAACAUACGAACUUCUUACACUUACAUAUGGGACUUCCUCAGCAUCAUUCUUGGCCAUUGCAGCCUUGCGAAAACAAGCCGAAGAAAAUUCAACCAAGUUUCCAAUUGCGUCCAAAGUAGUAUUAAACGACUUUUAUGUGGAUGACCUAGUCACUGGUGCAAACACCAUUCAAGAGAUAUACACUAUUAAGAAGGAAACUAUUCAAUUAUUGCAAGGAGCCAAAUUUGAAUUAGCAAAAUGGGCAUCAAAUGUUCCCUCUCUGCAAGGCCAGCCAUAUAAUUCAAAUCACAAGGAAUUUAUGUCGUCAGCUGACAAACAAUGUGAAACACGCACAUUAGGCAUUAUAUGGAAUUGUAACAUGGAUCAAUUCCAAUUUCCCAGCGUCACGCCUUUCGAACCACUUAAAACAAUCACAAAACGAAGUAUAUUGUCAAGGAUCUCAUUAAUAUUUGAUCCACUCGGUCUACUCGGUCCUGUCACACUAACAGCCAAAAUUAUAAUGCAAGAUCUUUGGCGUCUUGGACUGGAUUGGGACGAAUCAAUCCCUUUAGAAUUACACACUAAAUGGAAACGUUAUGAAGCAGAAUUGCCUACACUAAGGCAAAUCAACGUACCUCGCAGGGUUAUUCCGUUUAAGCAACACACACGACUGGAAAUUCACGGAUUUUCCGACGCCAGUGAAUCUGGAUAUGGAGCAUGCAUUUAUUUACGUGCCACAUUGCCCGAUGGAAGUCAUUCAGUUCGUCUACUUUGCUCCAAGAAUCGAGUAGCUCCUUUGAAGACUCUCUUGAUUCCGCGCCUCGAAUUAUGCGGCGCACUAUUGCUAGCACAGCUCGUCAAUAAAAUUUCAAAUUGUCUAUCAUGCAAAAUAGAUUCUAUUUACUUAUGGACUGACUCGACCAUCGUCCUAGCCUGGUUGCAAUCAUGCAACCGUACCUGGACACCCUUCGUAGCCAAUCGCGUUGGAGAGAUACAACAAUUGACCGCAAUACAAAACUGGAAACACAUACGAAGUGAGGACAAUCCCGCAGACCCAUUGUCAAGAGGCAUCAUGCCAGCAUCUUUAUCUCAUCUACAAAUUUGGUGGACAGGUACUCCGUGGCUAACGCUUGAUAAGAAAAAAUGGCCUCAAGGUCUACUUGUCACCUCUAAUCAAGACGCAUCAGAAAGGAGGUCUAAAUGCAUCACCACGCUAGCAACUAAUGAUCAAGAUUUUAACAUCUUCAAUCGAUACUCAAGAUUUACAAGAUUGAUUCGAAUCGUUGCGUAUAUCUUUCGAUUCUUCAAAAACGCAAGAAAUAUUGGAGGAUCUAUUAGAAGAUCUCAAGAAUCUAUUACGCCUGCACGAAUAAUUCAACCUAUAACCACUGACGAAAUAAAUCACGCCAUUCAGAUAUUGGUAAAACUUGUACAGAAAGAUUGUUUUUCAAAGGAGUUGCAUUCAUUAUCUAAUCAAGGCAUCAUAUCUCCAAACAGUCCUGCAUCAAGGUUAAGCCCAUUCAUCGAUGAAACUGGAAUCUUGAGAGUCGGGGGCCGUCUACAAUCUUCAUCGUUGCCGCGCUCAGCAAAGCAUCCCAUAUUAUUGCCUGGACGACAUUCAUUAUCACACCUUAUCAUAAUGCACGAACAUGAAAAACACUUACAUGCUGGACCUCAAGCUACACUCGCUGCCGUUCGACAGAACUAUUGGCUCGUAUCAGCGCGAGAUAUUGUUCGUCAGAUCACUCGAAAAUGUACCAUUUGUUUUCGCAGUGCACCGAAACCAGCAUCAACAAUCAUGGGUAAUCUGCCCAAGCCACGAAUUACAGUACCCUCAAGGGUCUUCGAAAAUUGCGGAGUAGACUACGCCGGUCCAUACUACUACAAGCAAGGAUUGAGAAAAAAUACCAAGUUAAUAAAGUGCUAUAUGACAAUAUUUGUCUGUUUUGCAACGAAGGCCGUCCACAUUGAGUUAGCCACGGAUAUGACUUCAGAAGCAUUUUUAAAUGUUUUCAAGCGAUUUAUCUCCAGGCGAGGAUAUCCAGCCAACAUAUACUCCGACAAUGGCCUAAACUUUGUAGGUGCAGAACAUGAAUUGAACGAGUUAGUUGUAUUAUUCAAGAAUCAAAAAUUCCAACAUGAAAUCGCUGGAUACAUGAGCGAUAAAAAUGUACAAUGGCACUUUAUCUCACCCAGAGCACCUCACCAUGGAGGGCUUUGGGAAGCUGCAGUCAAAAUGGCUAAAGUGCAUAUAUCUCGAAUAACCAAAGACGCUCACCUAAGAUAUGAGGAGCUACAAACGUUGCUUAUUCAAGUCGAAGCAAUCCUUAAUUCUAGACCACUCACGCCUAUGUCUUCUGAUCCUGAUGACCUUGCACCUUUAACAGCAGGACACUUUUUAAUAGGGGGACCUCUAACGUCUUAUCCCAAACCAUCAUUGGAGAAUCUUGCAAUCAAUCGUUUAUCACGCUGGCAGCAUCUGGAGCAAUUGAGGCAACAUUUCUGGCGACGUUGGACGAAGGAAUACCUUCAUCAUCUCCAGCAACGCAAUAAAUGGCAAUCUAUUGAUUCAUCAAUAUAUAAAGGGCAAAUGGUAAUUCUAAAGGAGGACAACAUGCCACCUUUAUCUUGGCCCCUAGGAAGAAUAUCAGAGAUCCAUCCGGGACACGAUGGAAUCGUUCGCACGGCUACCAUCAAGACAACUAAAGGUUCUUAUAAGCGCCCUAUCACACGUUUAUGUUUACUUCCUUUCGAUAAUGAGCCUCAGUCAUGA